CGCAGCGUCAGCUGUGUUAAGUUGGCCUACGGUCUCCAGCUGCGCCACUCCCUCCCGCCACGGCAUCUUGAGGUUCCCGCCUUCCACUUCCAUCCUCAUUCACCUUUUGUCAUCGAUCCAUCGUCUUAUCCGACUUGGUUUAUUACAACAAACGGACUCCAUCAUACAAUUUCCGAACCUGCCUGCCCAUCGGAUUCGCUUGCAGCAAAGUCUACUAUUGAAUCCUACUACCUACGGGAAACAAAGUCUUUGAUUAUUUGACCUUCCGGAGAGCAGCAUCACUCACAUCAGAAGAGAAACCCAACGCCCGCGCUCGUCUAUCGCCAGACACCUCGAACCACAGUAGUCAUGGUGUCAGUAGACCGUCAGCGCAUCAUCGAGACCAACCGGUCUUUGCGUCUCAUUAAAAAUGAACUAGAAUCCCUCCUCGAGAAGGGCAUCAUAACAGACGACGCCUUUGACAGCAUCACCUCCCUCCUCCCCGCUGAAGCCAGUCUUUCCAGCACAUCCUCCACCCCCGUCCCAGCCCCGCGUGCUGCUCCCGCACACGCCGCCGCUGCUGCUGCUCCAGCCGCCCAACCUCAUGCUACCACCACCGGCGGCGCCGUCAGCUCCAUCGCCGCGCGCUUCCAACAGAACCCUGCUCCAGCCGUCACCUCCGCCGCCAAUGCCUUCUCCAACCUUUCCCUAAACAACAACAACCCCUCCCCAGCCCCAACUCCGGCCGCGGCACCCCCUUCAUACUCCCAAUCAACCAACAGCACCACCGUACCCCCCUUGCCAGGUCGCUCCCAACCACCAACACCCGCUGUAGCACCCCCCACAAAGCCGGUCAUAGCCCACUGCAAAGCCCUGUACAAAUACGACGCCUCGGACGCGCGCGACUGCUCCUUUGACAAAGGCGACAAGAUCCAAGUCUACGAGUACAUGAAUGCCGACUGGUGGAUGGGGCGGUGCGUCCGGACAGGGCAGGAGGGCAUCUUUCCCAAGAGUUAUGUGGAGGUGGAGGCGGCGCCUGUGCAGAGUACGAAUGCGUGGGAGGGUCCACACAACGAGAAGUCUGGAGGAUAUCCGGGAGCUGAGGGUUACGGGGCGGGUGGUCCUGGGUAUGGACAGCCGGCGGGUAUGUACGGCGGGGGAGGAUAUGUGGCGCCCCCUCCGGGACCACCGCCGGCUGGACAGGGACAGGUCUAUGAUCCUAACGCUCCACCGCAGGGGGAGAAGGAAGAGAACAAGUUUGAAAAGCAUGGGAAGAGUAUCGGAAAGAAGUUUGGUAAUGCAGCGGUCUUUGGAGCGGGUGCUACGAUGGGCGCCAACCUGGUUAAUUCCAUCUUUUAGGGGGUGGGUAGGGCUGAGGUUGGAGGUGUGGUAAGACCAGGACUGCUAGUGAAGGGUACGAAGAGUUAUCACGGCAUUCCAUUUACCUUUUCUUUAUUUCUACUCAUGUUCAUCAGUGUGAGGCGGCGAGCGAGAGGGAUUCGGUACUUUGCAGCUACUGGAGAUAUAACAAAACAAAACUGUUCAAGUCAUAUAUUUCAAAACGACACCGCAUGUCAUACGCACUCGAAGAAUGCUUCCACACCUCACACCAUCCCAUUCUUAUUUACAGAUCGCCAGAGUACGACUGACCGACAUCCUCCCUAUCCAUAUACGGCUCCAACCUAGCCACCAACUCCUCGACGCUCAUCUCCCCAACCUCCUCUUCCUCCUUUUGUUCAUCAUCACCAUUACCCUUACGCGGCGGAAUCAACACGCUCGAAACAACAUGAAUGACGCCAUCCGCCGCCGGUCCAUCCAACACACUGGGGCGGUUAAAUCCAUUAACCACCAUGGUCGCAUGCCCCUUCCAAGCCUUGAUGUCCACGCCCAGUCUCGCGUCCUCGCUCAACAGCGUAGCCAAGUCGUAGUGGGUCGGCGGCGGGUAAUAGUUGUAGUCCGCAUCCUGCUGCUCAUCAUCACCAUCAUCAUUAUAGGAAUCAUGACCAGAACCUGAGCCAGCCUUGUAAUAAGCAUCCGUAUACACCGUGUGCUCAGGAACAAAGUGAUACUUGAGUAUAGCCUUCAAGUACUUCUUUCCAGGCUCCGUGUUGAACAAGAAGGCAUUCAGAUGGGGGCCGAGACGGGCAAAGGCGCGGUUGCUGGGGGCGAACAGGGUGAGACCUUUUCCUUCCUUUUUACCUCCUCCUCUGUGAUGCUUCUUUCUAUCAUUAUUAUCGUCGUCGUCGUUCUCAUCAUCAUCAUGUCCAUGUCCCAACUCCUCAGCAAGCCCCGUCUUCUCCAGCGCAAGGGAGAAAGUGCUAAACAAGCUCGGCAACAGCGAUACCCCCUUGAGCGCGGGCGGAGGGGGGAACAAGAUGCCGUCCACGGCGUGGAUUAUGCCGUUGGAGGCGUAAAUGUUGGGCAUGAUGACGCGGUUGACAAAGUUGACGCGGAUGCCGCCGUGGCCAAAGAAGGGGGGGCUGAUGGAGAGGCGAAGACGUUGAGGGCGGUGGUCGAGCAGGGGAGAGUGAAGUUCGGUGGGGAGGGUGUGGAGGGAAGACAAGAGGAGGGGGGGAAAGGUUAGGGUGUCGAAGAGGUCUUGUUGUUCUUGUUCUUGUUCUUCUUCUUGGGAGUGAUCGUGGUCAUCAUGGUGACCACGACGAUGAUGGUGAAAGAUGGGUCGCGGGUAAGGGAGGAUGUGGUGUUGGAGAAGGUGGCGGACUACUUCCUCCGGGGGAGGAUGGUCAGGGUGGUGAGGGAACCUUUCAAAGGCCUUGUCGGUGGGCACAAAGAUGGUGUAGUGGUGUUUGUUGUUGCCGUCGGUAUUGUUGAGCAGCUUCUUGAUGUCGUCGUGCUCGUCGAUGAUCUUGACGAAGCGCUCGCUGUACUUGGACUCUUUGAUCAGUUCGUAGAUGGACUUGCUGGACUCGCCCGGGGGGUGGUGACCGUGAUGGUCAUGGUCAUGAUCAUGGUCAUGGUCUCGGUCACGGUCGUGAUCGUGAUGCUUGUGAUCCUUCUGGAGAGCAGCUUCAAGCUCCUCGAUGACGUGUUUCUCGAUUAGAGAGGAGUAGAGGGAGGAAGCGGAGUCGUCCCAAGUGUCUUGGACUUUGGAGAGAACGUUAUCUCCAAAAUUGUCCUCGACAAUGGGCAGGAGUUGUUUUUCCUUGACUCCCAGGAAAGGCACGUAUAGUGCAGCGGCUCCAGCCGCAAAGAGGGGGAGGAGUUGCUGCUUCAUGAUCGCCAAGUCCCUAAACUUUGUUUGGAGAAGCAGACGGGGAUAAAGAUUGGAUCUCUCAGUGAAAAAGAAAACACGAAGAAAAAGAGAAUUUAUAUGUGUAGCUCUUCACACAUAGAAAUACCUCCUAUUGUGACUUACAUGCACAUUGAGUGUUUGUAAGCAUGUUGGAUGAUGACGACGACGACUCAACAAUGCAAUGCCUCUUCUCCAACUGCUCCGAGUGUUUCGGACUGUGCGUUUGAACUGUCUACGCGCGGCGGCCAUCAUCCCAAAUGUCUGCAAUGAGUGCUUCAACCGAGGUCUGAUGACAAGACGGCAGAAAGAGGGGUUAGCGAAUGCCUCAUUGGCUCAGUCAAGAUCUCGGGUUAGUCGGUGCUUUGUGCAACCAUCGAUGCUGGCGUCAUGUUGUUCGCUCUCUCCUAAGCACGGCCUUCAUCCCAUCGAGAUAGUGUUCGUUAUGGUCAUGAACCGUCCUUGCCUUUGACGGGAUGGUACCAAAGUAAAGAUGAAGUCUCGCCGACCGUAGCCG